GUGCAAUUCCCCGUCUCACUUUUUGCUCUCUCGAUCCUUACGUACCCCAUUUCGAUUUUUUGAUUUCGUGGUUUUUCUCUAAUCGGAUCGUCCCCGUUCUACCCGACGGUAAUUGACGUCGUUCACAUCGUUUCUUAAGGCGUAUCCUACGUUCUCAAAGGGGCUCGUUUCAGUUUAUGGCCUCAAUCCAAUCCCUCCAGGAGUUGAGAGGGGCGACAUCCCUUGCUUUCAACGGCUCUCACACACUCUUUCUCAUGGGUUUUUAUGUUUUAUGUUUUUAUUUUAUUUUAUUUUUUUCAGAAAAGGAGACAUGUCAAGACGUCACACGGGAAUAGUGCUGAUGCUGCUGUGGUACUGUGGUUCCUGACGAUAUAGUCGCAAGCGGAACUCUUGGUUGAGUUGCCGACUAUACGCCCACCAUGCCAAUUACUGCGAAACUUGAAGAGAGGACAAACCAUCUCGGAUCGAUAGUGCUGGCCCAUAUGUUUGGGUGACGAAAAUCCCCAAUGAUCGCCACGGUGGUAGGAUCAUCCUGCGAGCAAAUAGCUUCCCAGUUCCAGGUCUAUGGGGCAGCAUCGGUCUGUCAUUGACGCCACCUGGGGCCCGAUCGAACUACUAGCACGGACGGAUCGUCCAGCAACGUUUUUUUUAUUUUAUUUUUAUUUAAUUUUGAUUUUCAUAAUUUCCUAUUAUUUCCUUUCUUUUUCUUCCGCCCCUGCGAUGUCCUUUACCUUUUCAGCUAGGAAUGAUUCCACUAGCCUUGCUUGCUGGGUGCCCAACUGGGGCUGUCUUCCCUGUCUCGGCCCUUGGGAGCUGUGGAAUCCAAUCCUGGCAUGGUGGAAUGGCACUACUUAAGAUUCAACUCUAUCUCUCAAUCUAUCAAGAACGAG